AUGUCGAGGAAGAGCUUCUCGUCCAUCGUGUCAAGCCAGAACCUCCCCGGAGUUGGGUCGGGCGAAUCGGUUAGGGCCAAGGGGACCCGGCGUGUUGCCGCCCUUAUGCGUGGCUUCACCUAUCGGCGACAGGAGGGCAAGGCCAGCGGCUUCUGCCCAUUCUACCAGAUCAUCAGCGUCAGAGGAGCUUGA